AUGUUCGAUUUCACAGUGCAAGUUAUCGCAGCACUUGCAGCGACUUGCCUUGCUUUGCCGUCUGGACGAACCCGACACGAAUAUUACACGAAUGCCACUCUGCUAUCAACGCCUGAUGUAUUCAGGCCUAUUAGGCUCAACGGCAUCCCUAUUGGCACCAAGGAGCUCCAACCAUAUUCUGUAAAUGGGACAGUCCAUUUGCUCACAGAUGGCCGUCGCUUUGGUCAUGACGAUUGGGUUCUCCCUGGGAGAAAUGGCAUUUCCUGGGAAUAUCGACCCGACUCGAAGCACGGCUGGGCAAACAGGGCGAGCCCUACCCAAGGCUUCUAUAAUUUCGUAGGGUCUGGUGGAUUUGUGCACACAAUAACCUGUACAGCCGAUGACGCUGGCUUCGUGGCACAAAAUUUCGACCAUGGUGCGUUUUCACAAUCUAGCCUCGAGUCGGAGUAUUUGAACGAGAGUCGCGGUCACUUCACAAUAGAAUUUGCAAGUGACAUUGUCGAAUCGGCCACUGACAUUUUUGAGGGUGAUCUAACCAACAUCUUCUUCAACGCUUUGGAGAUUUUUGCUUAG